CACAAAGGUACAAACAGCACAAAUAAUACAUCAUACAGAAGACUACAACACCAUUUUAAGGAAGAUAUUAACAGUAAAGCCCGGAUGUCCUCGUAUUAAGGUCAAUCGCAGCUAUUUAUAGCGACAGGUGCUCCCCUUGUGUUGACAAAACUCGCCGGUUUCACUGGCGAGGUAUCUCCACAUUAAUAUAAUUGUUUUGCUCUGUCUUACCAAAAUGAAAUAACAACAUUGAUGAUAAGACGUGGGGAUGAUCGCUGGUCCUGCUAUAAACUAGUUCUGGUCCUGGUGAUAUCAGCAUCCGUGUCCAAUAUUGCAUGUCACUAUGGAAAUAAUGGGCUUAUACCACAUUUUAACACUUGUAAUAACGACAUGUCACAUGACCUCUACAUGUCCUGAUGGAUGUCAGUGUGACGAAGGACAAGAGAACCAGCUAAUGCAUGUAACCUGUCAAGGUAGAGAUACUAUUCCCCUCAUGAAGAAUGUUCUGUCUAUCAACAUGAGUGCAAACGGCAUCACAGUUAUGCAUGGAAAAUCUUUGGAAAAAUCACCAGCUCUGAAAAUGCUUGACUUGAGUUUCAACAACAUAAAUAGAAUUGAAAUUGAUGCAAUAGCGGCUAGUGUUGUUCCCGAGCUUGUUUCACUAAAUCUUUCUCAUAAUCAUUUGACUUCUGUGCCCCAAAAUAUGACGCCAAGCUUGCAGUAUAUCAGACUGAGUUCAAAUGAUAUUGACAUUGUUCGCCUGAGUGAUCUGUGUCAUUUGAAAAAUGCUAUUCAUGUUUAUCUGGAUCGUAACAAACUAGGGGAGAUAAUCCCAACUGGGCAGCAUGACGAAGACUGUGAUGUUGGUUUGGAGAAACUUGAAAUCCUCUCAUUUCGCGACAACCUCAUCGAGAAAAUAGACAGGACGAUGUGGAAACAUGUUAGGGGUGUGAGGUAUUUGUCUUUCGCUUACAAUGGAAUAAAAACACUCAAAGAAGAUACUUUCAAAGGACUGAGAGGUUUGAGGUAUCUUGAUUUGACUGGAAAUAGAAUUAAAACUAUUCACCCUAAAACUUUCAAACAUUUGCAGGAUUUGAAAUUUUUAUCACUAUCCCGGAAUUACAUAGAAGAUAUUCCUGACGACCUCCCCAUGAUAGAAUGGUUUGAUAUCUCCAACAAUAGAAUCACUGUGGUUCCUGAGAAAAAGAAAAGCUCACUUUAUCCACAAGAAGUAUUUCUGUUUGGCCAAAACCCUUUGAAUUGUGUGUGUGAAAUGCUGUGGUUAAAGGAAUUGUUUGAUACGAGAGAAUAUCAGCUGAAAUACAUUGACGUAGAAACGGAAAAGUUUAUUCCAGCGUGCUCGACUCCUGACCAUCUCCAUGGGGACACAUGGGAUGUGCUGGCCAAUGAAGCAUUUGGUUGCAAUCAGCCUCUUUCUGGAACAGCCAAUGAAGAUGAAGAUGACAAUCUGUUGUGGAGACUGAAAGAUCUCUCGGUCCGAGUUGCUGAGAUAGGGGAUACGUACCUGAAGGUUGAAUGGGAUUCUGUGAAUAUUGGUGUGCCUUCAAAGGAAAAGCAUGUCGUUGUGUUUAACAUUCAUAAAUUUGGUAGAAAGAAGCAACUGACAUCUGUGUCUGUUCAUCCUCAGAUAGGGAGGUAUGUUUUGAAAGCUUUGAGUCCUGCCUCUGGGUACAUUAUCUGUGUGACCGUUGUGUCCGAGAAAUUGCAGGAACCAAGAAAUGUGUACAGUUCUGAUAACUGCUUGGAGAUUGUGACAAGGGAGACAACUGUGACAGAGGUGUAUUGGGUGUGGCAGAUGUUGAUGAAUCCUACAUUUUAUCUUUCUGUGAUAACUUUGUCAGUUUUUGUCCUGUAUUUUAACGUGUGGUGACAGUAUGGCCAAAAUAUAAGUUUUUUGUUUCUUGUUGGGAUAACAAGUCACUGUUUUUUU